UCAUAGUGUCCACCAGGAAGAGAAAAUGUUUACAGUCUUUGAUUUUGUAAAAAAAAGAGGUAUACCAGUUUGUUUUGGAUUAUGACUAACACGUCAUAACCCGAGCAUACAUCGUUGUUGAUUUGCCCUUCUCAACAUGUACAGCGGACUUUUACCGAAAGGUCUGACCGAUGCAGAAAUGAGUUCAGACGAUGAAGACGACCAAGGUGUUGCAAAUCAAGAAAUAGCCGCAACUAACGUUCAACGUCCUGCAGUUGGACUUUCGCCUGGUCUUAAGCAAAAUUGUGUUACACUCGGAGACACAAGUUAUUCUUCUAUCCAGCCCUUCAUAGAAAAUGACCCGUGUUUGGACUCCUUACCCGGGAUUCCGAGGAGAUUUGGCAAAAAUUUAAAGAGCAACAGAAGAAAAAAAGAUGAGAUCAACACAAUGAAACUCCCCCAAAAAAGACAGCAGAGAAAAGGACGAUAUAAGAAAGAUGAUACAUCAGCAACUAAGAACAUGGAAUCAAACACUGAAAGCAGAGAACCUCAAGCGGAGCAUGAAAGGCAUUGGGAUGGGCUUACGCAGUACUUUGGCAUCAAUGAUAGAUUUCAACCUCCUGCCUGUAGCAAGCCUGCUCCCAAGGCUCCACUUGCUGUCUUUUUCCAAAUUCAUUUGGGGUCCAGCCUAGAAAAGAGCAUAGAGAGCGCCAUCGCUGAAGGGGACUUUGGGAAGGCGGAGGAGAUGAGCGACAGACUCGCCACUCGAGAGCAUUCCAGUCUUCCUGCUACGUGUUAAAAACGUCCCUGGGACAAACCGGGAACUAGACAACGGCCAGGGGACCAUGACACAACAUCCAAAGAACGUCCUAAAAACCAUCCCUGGGACAAAUCGGGAACUAGAUAAAACCUCCAGGGGAACAUGACACAAUGUCCCAAGAACAUUCAGGGGACCAUUGGACAAACCGGGAACUAUAAAAACGUCCCAAAGAGAACGUUCCCUUGGGACCAUCAUGCAACAUCCUAAGGAGUAGUAAAAUUAAAGUCCUGAGAAUGUCCUGACAUGGUCCUCAGUGACGUCCUGGGAACUUACAGGGAACUAGACAAAGGUCCCCCCAGAGAACGUUCCUUUGGGACUGUCACGCAAUGUUCUUAGAAUGUUUUUAGAAAGUCCAGUGGGAUAAUAAUCGCUUCGUAACCCUUGAGGGACCUAAUGGGAAUGUCGCCGCAUGUCUUCAGGACGUCCCCAGUUUGCUGGGCUUCACUCAAAUCAUUGUCAAGACUUGUUCUUAUCAACAUAAUAAUUUCUUUGUUUAACUUGCACCGAUAGGACAACCAAUAAUUGGAAAUAGAUUGAAUGGCAUCAAAGCAAUUUAGUGGACAGACUGCCUUAUGCUUCAUUGUCGCAGUAAUGCUUUUACAUGGCAUAAACAAGGUCAAGUUGAAGUAUAGCAAUCUGACUUUUCAGACUAGAAACCCAUUUUUCCUUUUUUCCUCCCUACCUCGAUUCUUCGAAAUUAGACUGAAAUUACAUAUGAGCUGCCUAAUCUGAUAUUUAUUCCAUUCUUAUAUAGCCCUGCUUUCCAAAGUUGACUAAGGCCACAUUAUUUAGGCAUUAAGGUAGUGUGAUAAGGGAAUUAGGCUGGUCAUUAAUCGUUUACACGUCAAAUGCAGCGGAGCAGCUCGGGGUGGUGAUUUAGCGAGGCAAAGCCACAUAGCCCCUGUUAAUCCACCUCUCACAUGUUUUAAUUGGAAGAGGCUUCCCUGGAUAGGACAUUUUAUGAAUGGGUUUAAGGCCAUUUCUUCCUUAAAGCCAUCAUUUAUUUCAUAUUGUUAAUACCAGCCUGAACACUUUAUUAAUAUAGAGAAGCAUUUGCGUUAAGUUGAAUCUUCUCUCCCUACCAUUAUCUUUUGAAGCUGCUGCUGUUGUUUGUAAUGUGUAUCUUGGAAUAUCCAAGGAUUCUGAGAAAUGCACAGAGUUAUCAGUAAAUCAUUGUGAUGACUAUGAACUCAUGUUGGUAAACUGGUUGAAAUACCUGCAUGAUCCCCAAUGUCUUGCAUACUUUGGAAGGGAUUCCAUUUGUGUCACUGACAGAAGCCACAUCCAUGCUGUCUAUGCAGUAGGCUGUGCCACAGCAUAGAAGUCAGCUCAAAGGGGACUAUGAUCGAUAACUUGCAUUAUCUCAAUACUAUAUUGUGUCAAUACAAUGGACAUGCCUUAUCACGGCCUUAUCUUUAACAUGGCCUGUGCUGAAGUGAGAUAUAUAAUAUAUAUAUAUAUAUAUAUAUAUAUAGCGAGGCCACAUAUUUGGGAGUCCACUUGAAUCUCUAUGACAACCCAACCAUGAGUGACAACAAAGUGGUACUAUUGAUUUAACUUUCCUAGUGGUUGUAAGCUACUGCAGCAGCGGCAGUAUAAUGCAGCAAAAAUCCGCUGCCUGCAAACCUUCCAAAGGUCACAGUAUUAAUCCUUUGAAUAAACCUUGUGUUAAAUGGAGGCUGUGCUCAGGACAGAAUUGAAAGAAAAGAAAAGGGUUUUGGGGAGAAGAAAAUUGAAGCUAUCGGACACUAAAUCUUCAUUUUAACAUUGGUCUUACGGAGACAUGGAAUAUGCUUGUAUGACUACUUUAAACAAAGAACACAUGAGGUUUUUGCGUCGAGUAGGCCCAUUUUUCUUUUCUAGCUUUGUAUUUUUAUUCUGGCAGCAAAUGUUUUCAUUUUUGCUGGCUUGUGAUUUGAAAGGAUUUGGCACUAAGACACACACAAGGGGAGGGGGAGGAAAAAAUCCUGAAAAGUGGAUCAAAAAGUAAAUGAAAAAUAAUGUCAUAUUACAGAAAAUAUGAGAGGCUAAUUUGUGCCGACUUUUUGCUAAUUUUGUUCUCGCCACAGAAAGAGGAGCCGUCACCUGCUCGGCGCCACAGCGCUGACAGUGCCAGUGAUCCAUGAAAUAAGCUGCCGCUGGCUUUGUUCAGAUAAGAAUGAACAAAUCUGCACAAUGUACUGCUCUCGGAAUCUCAUUUUCAUACUUGCAUGCAGGCUAAAAGAAAUAAGCUGUUUGCAGGCUUGAUUAAUCAGACAUUUGAGGGCUUUUUUUUGUCUCUUUGAUCUGUUCUGUCGCCUAGGUAACUUGGUUGACAUUAAUGUUGAGCCCCAGUAAAGACAAUCAGGGAUGUAGACUGCAUUGAUAAAAAAAGAAAAAAUGUAAAGACCUUUACCGCUUUAACCGCUCAGUGGCUGCAUUCAAAAGGGAAGAGGGGGGUAUGUGAGAGGGUUUUAAUUAUGUCAAAGUGUCAAUGUGUCGGUGUCUUUUUUUUGUUGGCGGGGGGUUUAGGAAGGCGUGGUUUCUAGACAUUUUGAAUUUCAAAUGCUCCCCACAGGAGAGCAGGUUAAUGUGGGUAAUCCUUGUGUUCAAAAAAAGAUACAUCUCUGGUUGUAAAGCUCAUGGAGCCAUUUAGCAUCUUCCAAUUUCAUUUGAUUUUCUCUCAAAACGAUGCCUCUUUUACCCAAUGACUUUAUUUUUUGGCAAAUGUGUGAACGCAGGAGAAUUGUCAACAAUUGAAUAAACCUUCAGAUGUAUGAUCCCAGCCUGCGCCACAUCCAAGCAAAAGCAUUUAGCACCUACACCACUUAAACAUGGUGCUCAAAAUGGCCUAGUGUUAUCUGCUGGCAAAUCUACUCCCAACAUGAGAAUGAUCACCCAUUGUAACUUUCCCUUUCUCCAGAGUUCUGCCUAGAAAACAUGAUUUAUGGGCCUUUAAACCUAUAAAAAAAUUGCAAGGAAUUAGAAAACUGUCAUAGUAUGUUAGCUUCAGGUUAUGCAGACGCUUUUACAAAUCUUCCAAGUGACUGUAUAGAUGAAUGCCUCGAGGGCCCAGCCGGAGCCCAGUACUUGCAGCCAGCUGAAGCCCUUAUCUCAAAUCCAAGCAAAGUACCAUUAAUCUUUUUGAAAGACCUUUAUGGCUUUUAAUGUAUCCCAAAUUAGAACAUUUUUUCACCCUUGGUUCCUGAAAUAUGGUGAUAAAAAGCCUUUAGAGUUAAAUGUUUCCUGGCUGCUUGCACUGUCCUGCUUAAUCCCAACAUUUUGUCUUUCUAAUAAAGUUUAUCCCACUUAAUUAUAUAUAUUUUUUAAAUUGACUAGCAUGUUUUUUUGUGUUGUUGAGAAAUGGUGGCACAUUUCUUCACUGCCUUUUUUUUUUUUUUUACUUUUUUUUUCUUUCCCCUGAUUGUACUCUAUGAGUGUUAGAUAAUUAUUUCUAAAGGUUUGGAGAUUUGUUCCAAGUGUGGAGUGACUGGAUGUUGCCUUCUGUUUCCUGUGCUUCUGUGUGACUGGGGUUAUUGGGAUUCUUCUGCUCAACAAUACAUGCACUUCCUCACAGAUAUUUGAACAAAACGUGUUUGCCACUUGCAAUCACGGUCAUUCCUUUUAACUUCUGAUUUAAAGAUCUGCACGUUUCAAAUCAAAUGUUUUCCUUUACUGUACAUCCAAACGAUGAAGUAAAUAUUAUGACAGUCAUGGUAAA